UAUUUAUGAACAUAUCUAAGUAAUAAUUGUGCACACAUACAUGUAAUUUUGAAGCCGGGCGGCCAUAAGAUAUACAGAGAACCUCAACACCUCUAAUCUUAAUAUAUCUAGAGAGGGUAGACAAUAAACAGAGUCAAAUCAAGACAGAUUCAUGGAUUUUGGAUUUAUCCGCCUUUUUUUUUUUUGGGAUAAAAAAGGUGGGUUUGAAGCCCCAGAAGAAGCUCAGAGUGGUGCUUAUGAAUUAUUAUGAUCACCACCAGCCAUUAAAAUUUUGGAGUCGGCAAAAAUUUAUACAAAUAUACUACACAGUUUGUCAGCCCCAAGAAUCUUGUCCAUCGACACCUCUGAAAACUACUCUUAUUAUAAGACCAUUUUUUUGUUGUAUGGAUCCAAAAUAUUCACUCUCUCUUUAACUCAUAAAAAGCUCUUCAUAUUUUCCUGCUAAAUGUGUUGAACUCAGUGUCUAAUGUUCAUAGGCAUGGCAGAUCGCAUCAGUGGCUUCCACUUCAGAUUUUUGCUCUUUUUCAUCUGGGCAUUUGUGUCCGCACUUGGGCAAGACUUGCUGCACUGCGGCUCCACAUCUCCGGAUGCUUCAGGCUAUCGCUGUAAUUCAGUUGGCUCCCAGGAUCAGUGUGGCACUUUUGCAAUUCUUCGCACUAAUUCUUACUACUACUCUCUUUUCAACUUGAGCUUUUACCUGGGGUUAAACCGGUUUGUGAUUGCUGAAGCUAAUGGGUUCUCUGCUGACACAGAGUUUCUUCCGAAAGAUCAGCCCUUGUUGAUCCCAAUUGACUGUAAAUGCAACGGUGGUUUCUUUCAGGCUGAUUUAACUAAAACCACUGUCAAAGGUGAGAGCUUCAAUGAAAUUGCUGAAUCACUGGAGGGCUUGACGACUUGCAGAGCCAUCCAGGAGAAAAACCCUGGAGUCUCACCGUCAGGUCUUGCUGAAAAAGUUCGCCUGCAAGUUCCAUUAAGAUGUGCUUGUCUUUCUCCAUCCGAGAAGUUCCCACAGACGAGACUUUUGUUGUCUUAUCCGGUGAGUGAAGGAGAUUCUAUUUCUAAUUUAGCCAUUAAGUUCAACACCACUGCAGACGCCAUAAUUUCUGCAAACAACAAAUCUUUAUCGGAAAGCUUUAAGCCUGGAAGCCUAAUUCCUUUCACUUCUCUUUUGAUUCCUCUUAACGGUGAGCCUGUUCUUGGUCCCCUUUCAAAACCCCGCGAACCCAAUUUACAUUUUCCUGAAACCACCAACAUCUCGGCAACUGCUCUGCCCAAAAAAAAGUCCAAGAUGAUGAAGUUGGGAGCUUAUAUUGCUCUCAGCGGUGUCGUUGUCGGAGGUAGUAUUGCAAUAGUGGCAGCUGUUACUGUGAUUUUGCUGAAAAAGAAAAAACAGAAUCCAGUGCUACAAAAGGAAGAAGAUGCUAAGCUUCAACACCACCACCACCAACAUCAUCAACAACACAGUACUGCCAGCAUAAGUACUACCAGUAACAAGAAAAUGUCAUUUGAAGGAUCCCAGUGUACAAUUGAUGGGCCAACCAUUGACACUCGCAGAAUGCUACUGGAGAGAUACAGUAUAGAGGAUCUGAGAAGAGCCACCGAAGAUUUCAAUCCAAGUAACGAAAUAGAGGGGGCUGUUUAUCAUGGUCGUCUCAGUGGAAAGAACUUGGCCAUAAAACGCACGCAACCAGAAAUAAUAUCAAAGAUGGAGAUGCAGCUUUUUGAAAAUGCAACUUAUCAUCAUCCCAACAUAAUUAGGCUACUUGGCAUAUGUUUGACUGAUGGCACUUAUUCGUUUCUGGUUUUUGAGUAUGCCAAAAAUGGGUCCUUGAAGGACUGGCUUCAUGGUGGAUUAGCAAUGAAGAAUCAAUUCAUUGCCUCUUGCUUCUGUUUCCUGACAUGGAGCCAGAGGUUAAAAAUCUGCCUUGAUGUGGCCAUGGCAUUACAAUAUAUGCACCAGAUAAUGAAUCCGAGCUAUGUUCAUAGAAACAUAAAGAGCCGGAACAUCUUUUUAGAUGAGGAAUUCAAUGCCAAGGUUGGAAAUUUCGGUAUGGCGAAAUGCGUUGAAGAUGAUACUGAGAAUCCACAAUUUUACUCAACAAAUCCUGCCUCUUGGAGCUUGGGGUAUUUGGCUCCUGAGUAUAUCCAUGGACGUGUAAUUUCUCCAAGCAUCGAUAUCUUUGCCUUCGGAGUAGUUUUGUUGGAGAUUUUAUCAGGCCAAACCCCAAUCAGCCGGCCGAAGAAGAAAGAUGAAGGAAGCGUGUGGCUUUCAGAGAAAAUCAAGACCAUUUUACAGUCAGAUAAUGCAGAUGAGCUGAGGAAUUGGAUGGAUAGCGCAUUGGGUGAGAAUUAUUCAUUUGAUGCUGCGGUUACAGUGGCAAACCUCGCUAGAACUUGUGUAGAAGAAGACCCUGCAAUGAGGCCAAGAGCAGGAGAGAUAGUGGAUAAGCUGUCAAGACUAGUGGAAGAAUCACCACAAGAGGAGCAUUUUUAAAUCUGUGACCGAGAGCUCAUCCAAACCGCUGGCGAAACAGGGAUGCUGUGUGUAUAUAUGUAAUUAAGAAAGUUUUAUUGGAGAUGAAGAACAUCAUCCUUCUAUUUUGCAUUGUUGUGUGUAUUGCAGGAUUGUUAUUAAUAAAGCAUAUAUAUUCAUA